AUGUCCCAGUCUCUGUACGGGCCGGAAAAAGCUGUCUCCAUAGUAACCCCGAGGCACAAACGUUUGUUCAGUUGCGAGUUUUUCAGAAACAUGAGUGGAGAUAGCGACUACAGCAAAUACGAUUUGGCACGGCUGCAGGCAGAGCUUGAACAUGAGAGGGAAAUUAAAGAAAUGCUCGAAGAGUCAGUGUCUGACCUUCGGAGUACCAUGUGUGAACUGCAGGAUAGACUGCACAGUGUUGAUGGACAGGAAAAUGAGUGGAAGACUAGGUUUGAGACACAGACAGAGCUAAAUGGACAGUUGGAGCGACAGAUGUCAUUCAUUCAUGAGAGACUGGAGGAUCUGCGAGGAAACCCCAUGGAUCGGUUGGCCUCCAUCCGAACGUUUGAUGACAUGUCGGUAGAAACACUGAGACAGCGUCUGAAGCUCCUGACUGAGCAGAAGUCAGACCUCCAGAGUCAGCUGAUGGACGCUCACAGCAGAAUCGAACAGGAGGGAAAGGCAUUUCAUAAAACCAAUGAUGAGAGGCGGGCAUACCUUUCAGAAAUUGCCAAGCUGUCCUCCACACUUGAAGCCCAGAGAAGACAGUACUCCACUGAGGCACAGAGGGCAGCAGAGAGCAAACACAAGAGAGGGAGGCAGACCAGCAGGAAGGCAGAGGCUGAUGCUAAGAAGGGAAAAGAAAGAGAAGAAGAUGGAGGAGGAGGAGCAUGUGUGAAAGGAGGAGGUGUUAGCAAUGGAGCCACAGCGGAGAGAAGAGAAGAGAGGAAAUCCCAAAGGGGAAGCAGGUUACCCACACUGAAGUACUACCUGACACACAAUCCCUAAACCCCACCUAGUGUUAUAGCCCUUUUUAAAAAGAGAUGUGGUUUUGUUUACAUUUCUCAAAAGAUUACUGGGAGGAAACAUUGCAUUUCUGAUGGUUAUCCUGUUGUGUUUAUUGAUAUCAAAUACAGUGGUAAAACAUGUUCCAUUUAUAAUGAAGUGGCAUUAUUACACCUUACACCUUUCUUUGUUUCAACAAAAAGAGCAGCAUUGAAGAGAAACGUUAAAGGGAGGAACAUCACAGGCUUCAGUGAGGUUGACUCCUAAUGUACCAGAAGCCUGCUGAGUCUGACAUUUCUUGUGUCACUUCAAUUUAUUUUCUCGAAACACCUCCUACGACUACCAUUACGUAAGCAACACCGCAUCCAGCACUCUCUCCAAAAGCAGUUCAUCCACAGAGCAACUAGUCACCCCCGUCCCACCCACUGACAGCCUUUACAAAUUUGUAAGAAUACGCUCAAAUGAGAUGCAGUAGUGAACAGGAAAAUUGCCCGUUUCAGUUUUGAGGCUGACAAAACUGAACCCCUCCUCCACACUUCUUCACAAACACAUCAUUGAAUAGAAGCAGUAUCUUAUAGGGAAAAACAACAUGGAUUUCUACAUUAAUCUGGGCUCUAGCUUAAUGAAUAUAGCUGUUUUCUUAUUUACCGAUUGGUCUGUAAGUCUAAUAGCUUAAUAUUGAUUAGCUCAGAGAAUAUGACCAAACAUAAUUGUUUUAAUUAAUAGGAAUAUACCUGCUCUGUGAAUAUACAGUAUGUCCAAAGCUUUGUUGUAGCCACUAUCAAAACUUGACUUUGAGCUAAAAGAGCAAAGAUAAACCCCCCGUGUCACCAAGCACCCGUCCAGCUGAAAUAGUCCUUUAACACGAUUCUGAAUUUUCAACCUUUAGUUUGUUGUGAAGGAAAAUCCCAAUAUGUAUUUAUAGAAAUAUUAUGUAUUAGCGACAAAUAUGGCUUUGUAAAAUGUGUGACAGCUAAAGUCCACGCAAGAAUGUGAACUAAUUAACUAACUUAAAUGAGAUGGUGUAAACAAGUCAACAGAUUGUAGUGACAUGUGGAUAAGAUAAGGAUGAUUUAUGAACGUUAAGCUUUUUAUUUAAAUGCAAUAUGAUCUCACGCACUUAACCACUAAUGUAUCCUUCCAUUCAUUUAAUAAACACGGUCCAAAAAAAGUAUUUGAUGAAAAUCAUUAAUCCAUCUCCAGAAACUAGUUUGCUGGUAUUGCCUUCACUGUCUAAAAUCUUUGGAAACGCACUGUGGGAGUUCUAGUUUUGGAUUUUUACAGGCCCACACGUAUUUCUGAUAUAGCUAGCUGUCUCAGUGUGAAAUCAUAAAUGCGCUGCAGUGACAGAUUGUUUGUCUUAGAUUAAUGACUUUAUUGUAAGAGUGCAUGUUGCCUUAUGAAAGAGUGAGCACAUCUACAGUAGAGCACACCACCUUUCUUUACCUCUUUCCCCUCCUCCUCUUUUUCUCUCUGUUUCAUGCAAAAGCUUUAGUACGACUCAUGAAUCACACAGCUACAGAGUAAGCAACACGCGUCACAGUAGUGCCCAUGCUAAUUCAGUUAGCCCCUCUCUGUACUAACCCUGAGUAUGCUGGAAACUAUUUAGUGUCUAUGCUAGUCUAGUGCAUAUGUGAGAGUGUAGGAGACUCAUUUGUGAGGGUGAAUGCAUUCAUUCAUGUACAUAUCCAUGUGCUUUAUUCACACUUAAGUUGACUUUUCUGAUAACUCAAUACACCUUUUUAUAUGUCCAUUACAGAUACCUCAAAAUUGAGCAUCUGCUAAUCACAAUCCAAGACCAUAUUUUUCCAACUUUUAAACAAUAACGUUAAGUAUUUAUACGUUUUUAGUAAUAAAUGUUUAUUGAUCAAUCUGCUUAGCUUUGCCACUUAAUAAACAGCAUAUUCAAACUGUGAAACCAUUUUUUUCCCUCUUAAUACUUAGACCACAACGUGACUGUUAUGAAAUACUGCUGCUUCUUUUUAUUUGAACUUUUUCAAACGGACUACUAAAAUAAUGCAUUCAGCAACAUUUUGGAUUGGUAAGCAAUGUUCAAACAUUCAUUCAAACUCUGUGCAAAAGUUCUAAUCUGACAAUUUAGAAUAACAAGGUCAAUAUAACAUGAUGCCGUGAUUUUGGGCAGUGUCAUACCCACAGCCAAUUUGAUUAUUAAAUCAAAGGAUUCCUAAUCGAGCUGAUUUAGACUCUACCUUUAACCCUUUGAAGUGUGUCAGAGUAACAGAAUUGUUCACCCGUCCAAAUGUUCACACACCAAUCUGUGUUGUGUGAAAUUGUAACAGAACAAUGCAAUGAUUAAUGAUAGAACAGGAAAUGUAUCUUUGUACAGAAGCAUAUGCCAAGAGACUGAGUAGGUAGAGGUUUUAAAUAUCUCUCUGAGACAGAUUUAAUUUCCUAAAUUAUUCCAAGACGAAUUUAUCACAAUAUGAAUCAUCAGUCCAUCUUCAUUCAGUUAAGCAAAAUGCAUUUAAAUAUGGUUAUUAAAUGUGUUUCUCAUGUUCUUUUUUGGUGUCUCUAAAACAGUCCAAAAGCGGCAGUUGUGAGUUACUAAGAGAAGAUCUUUGCAUAAAAAAGUAAGAGCCUUUUUACGAGGGAUCACAUUAAUUGUGCAGGCAAAGGCACAAAUUCUCUCUACAUACAAGUCAAUUGAAUUUGCCUAUGCGUCAGGAGCAAAGAUAACAUCUACUUGUAUGGAUGAUAUAUUCCCAAGUCUGAUAUCUCCUUUUGUAUACGUGUGGACACUGACACAUAUCAUUAUUUGACUUGCAAAUUCGAAGGCAUUAAGAAUAGGAUUGAGACCAUGAUACUGCUGUUAUAAGUCCUUGAAUGACGAUGUCCUCCAUCUUUCUUUGUCUGAAGAACAUAUUCCCCCACACAUCCUCUGUUUCUCCAGGAUACAUUGAGACUGGAACUUUGUCAGGCCUUAGCAUGUGACACACACACACACACACACACACUGUGUCUCCCGAAAAUAGAAAGAUCUGUGUGGAGAAAAUGUGUAUUUGUCUUACGUUGUGUACCUGUCUAUCAUUAUGUGCAUGUAUAGUCAAACAAGCAGAUUGGCACACGGAAGCAGUCAAUAAAGAUGCAAUAACAUACUGUAAUAAGCCAUUAAAAUGUCUGAUAUAUUUAUGUAAAUGUGGAUUAGUUGAACCGUAUUAUGUUUCACGUUUUGAGAAAAGCAUUAAACAUGUCAAAGGCAAAAUUAAUAUAAUGACAAACAAGCAAUGUAUCUAUUAAAGCUGUAACAUGUUCAACAUAAA